AUGCCGAAGCAAUACUACAUUCACUACCUCUGUGACCGCUACCUCAAGAGCGGUGACAGCCUCACCCAGCUCAUCAGAGAAAAAGAGCAUGAUGUCUGCAAGUUUCGAAGCAAACGCCCUUUCCCUCAGAACCGCAACAAAUUCGAAGAAGCAUUGUUCUUCUGUCGCCUACUGGCAUAUGUCAUCCUCCGCCGAUACGGCCGUAAUGAUCCAUCUCUUCUCAAAAUAUUCAACGAGUUCGAAGACAUCGCCAAAGCAUUCGAAAACAACGAGAUGACCGACGACCAGUAUCGCGAAGUAAACCGGUUGAACCAUCCAAAGCAAGACAGCCUGUUGGCGGAACUCAAACGUCCACUUCAUGUUCAGCGCCGAUCAUCACGAAGCCUCCACGCUGGCGGACAAGUGCACUGCACCACUUAA